GGUAGGAUGACUGUUCAGGCGAUGGGCGGAGUAGGUCGGGCAACAGGGAAGCAACAGCGAGAACUACUCAGAAUGUCUACCUGAGGUCUGAGGCCAGAUGGGCUCCAGGACGGCUUUUCCGAUGAGACAAAAAUGCUCAUUACGCUGUGCUACGUCUAUCUGUGGGUGCGCUUUCAGAAGUGCUACACAUUGGUUAUCCGGAGUACCGUGCACAAGCUGUGCGGAACGAGAAGUAGUUUUACCUUUUGCGCUGUGCGAUCAGCGACUACACAGAGCGGGCAAGACACCACCAGUGAUCAAAGUUUCAUUCAACAGCAGCGUUCUUCCUUGCCCGAAGAUACCGUUUUUCUCAAGUUAGGCAACAAGGUCAUUUACAUUACCGAGCCGCAGGCUUGCGAUGACAUUAGUAAGUGGACAUUGCUGUUGGGAUCAUCUUUGGCUUAUGGUCCAAGGACAGAAAACAUUGCUUUCAUCAUAGAGGCAGCAUCUGGACAAAGAAUUGACAUUGCUACACCUACCUCAUCAAACAAGAAGGUGCUUAAGUGGUCAGACUACUGUUUACCUCUGGCCUGCAGCCCUGGUCAGCCGUAUAAGGCGGUGGCAGAGGCCAGCGUGGAGAACUUCAGCCGGCUGGGCGUGGCCUUCAUGGAAGACCGGCUGUGGAUGGACCAUGGCCUCAUACCUGAAAAGAUAGUUUCUGUCCUCCUCAGGGACUCUGCACUUCAGGAACUCAUUGAGAAGAAACGGCUGGAGAUCCGUAACCACACGGAGCGCAUCUCAGAACUGCCGGCAGAAAUCGUGCUAUCGGAACCUUCGCCGUGCGAGGAGGAGAAAGGCGGGGCGGGGGGAGGGGUCACGCCACAAGUGGCUCAGGAGAGAAGUCUGCGGCCCACGGAGGGCCAGCGGGGACUGGAGGAGAGACGCGUUUCGGAGGGCGGGCGUAGCGCGGGGACAGAGCAGGAGGAGGACGGGGACUGCGACUCCGCCAGGGGCAGCCACAUGGAGGGCCACCCCCACCACCUCCACCUGUCCAGCUGCCACGAGUGCCAGGAGCUGGAGAACAGCACCAUCCUGUCGGUGAAGUUCGCCUCGGCCGAGAACAUCCCCGAUCUGCCCGACGACUACGGCGGGGACGAGGGGGAGGGGAAGGGGGAGGGCGAGAGCGAGAGCGAGGGCGAAGGCUUCGCUGGCCAGGCCAGGAGGGUCAACCCCAGCGGCAAGCCGCCCAACGUGGUGGUGUACGCGGGCGGCUGCCAGGUGCGGUUCGAGCAGGUGCGCUCAGUGCUGGCCGAGUGCGUGGACACGGACAGCUACGCCAUCUACCCCCUGCGGCCCCAGCAGGCCCUGAGCGAGCCCUGGCUUGACAGCGCCCUCCUGCUGGUGCUGGCGUCCGACGAGGCCCUCACCCCGCAGCUCCACGAGCGCUUCCUGGCCUACCUGGAGCGGGGUGGGAAGGUCCUGGGCCUCGGCUCCACGUUCUGCCCCGGCCCGCUGUCCGUGGUCCGCCGGGAGGGCCAGAGGAACCGGGUGCACCGGCUGAGCUUCACCAAGGCCGACUCCAGCGAGCUGGAGCUCAGCGUCGUGGCCAGCGGGAGGGCCUUUGAGCGGGAGGCAGCCCACGACUCCGCGGGACAGGUGGAGCUUUGGGGCGAGCUGCGCGGGGACGUCCGGGACAUGGCCAUCGUCAGGGUGACGCACGGAGAGGAGGGAGGGGAGGCCAUACUCUGCCAGGUCCGACUGGAGAUUACGCCUGACUCCCAGGAAGUGGAGACCCCACAGGAUUUUGACGAGCUCAAAAUGAGCAACGCCCGGCGCUACGAGGUUCUGACCGAAGUGCUGAGCUACCUGGGACUGAGCUGUGAGCUGAGCCAGGCCCCUCCUCCAAGCCCUGUCUACCUCCUCUCCACCUCUCAGGAAUGCCGGGGCCAGCUGCUGGACUGGCUGCAGAGGCAGGUGGAUGGAGAGGGGCUGCUCAAGUCCCCCAAAGUGAAGCUGAAAGUGGUUUCGUGUGCGGAGCCCCAGCCGGUCCUACCGGAGGGGGUGCUUGCCCUGGUCACCGAGCCCCCAGAGGUCGUCUCCCAGCAGUUCAGCCUGGAGACGUACCGCCUCAACCUGCGCACUCGAACCCUGGGCCGGAGCCUGCUGUACGCCGAGGUCACCCCCACCACCAUGGACCUGCUGGAGGGGUUGAUGCUCCAGUUGCCACAGGAAGUGGGGUUAAUAGCUGUGGCGGCCCGGCAGACUCGGGGCAAAGGUCGCGGGGGCAACGCCUGGCUCAGCCCGCUGGGGUGUGCCAUGUUCACCCUGCACGUGCAGGUGCCGGUCAGCUCCCGCCUGGGCCAGCGAAUCCCCUUCCUGCAGCACCUGGCUGCGCUGGCAGUGGUGGAGGCGGUGAGAACCCUGCCUGGAUACGAGGACAUUGAUUUGAGACUAAAGUGGCCCAAUGACAUUUACUACUGUGACCUCAUGAAACUGGGCGGAGUUUUGGUGAACUCAACACUUAUGGGACCAACAUUCCAUUUGCUUAUUGGUUGUGGAUUUAAUGUGAGCAACAGCAACCCCACCAUCUGCAUCAACGACCUGGUGGUGCAGCACAACCGUGAGCGGGGGACGGCCCUGGAGCCUCUGAGCACGGAUCAGCUGAUCGCUCGCACCGUCACCACCCUGGAGCAGCUCAUCUCCGCCUUCCAGGAACAGGGCCCGCAGGCCGUCCUGCCCCUCUACUAUAAGAGAUGGGUGCACAGCGGCACGCAGGUGCGCCUCUGGAGCGAGGACGGCCCGAGAGCCGCCGUGGUGGGGCUGGACGACAACGGCUUCCUGCAGGUGCGGUCUCCGGAGCAGGGCGUGGUCUCGGUGCAGCCUGAUGGAAACUCCUUCGACAUGUUGAGGAACCUGAUCGUAAGCAAGCACAGCUAGGCCUCAGUGGAGCCUUGGAGCAACCACCUGUCCAGCCUCUAAAGUGUUAGCCUGGCACCAAACCAUUGGCUUACACCACAAGACAUUACUGACCAAGAUUACUUUUUUUUCUUAAUGGCAAAAUGGCCAAAAUUAUUUUCUCUCAUGUAUGAAGAUUUGAGAUUGGAACCUGGGGGAACCAAAGGACAAGGAAUAAAUCAUUUCAAAUAAAGAUAUAGGAUAAUAGUUAUAUUAUAUCAAGGAAUUGAGUGACUAUUUUUAUAGAAAAAAAAGGGAGGUGACUUGUGUGUAUUGGGAAGUCACUAACAAAGGGUAAAUUUAUUCAUCUUAAUAUUAUAGUUUUUUAUUUGUUGGAAGUUGUUAAAAUUCCUAUUUGAACAGCCGUACCAUGGAUUUGGGUUGAGUAUAUUUAAUUGUUUGAUGUAAAAAAGAUCAAUAGUCAGAUUAAUUUCAAUAUAAGCACUUAAAGAAGAAUGUAGAAUUAGCAUAUUUAAUUGUUUGAGGCAAAACAAAAUAUUAAUUUGUCAAAUUAAGUAUAAACGCUUACAUAAAAUUUAUAAUGUAAUUUGUGUGUGAGUUCAGUGACUUGUUAAGAACUGUAAGUCUUCCUUUUUUGUACCAACAGUGUAUUAAGUAUUCCUGUACAUGGGGCUGAUUUUCAUUUGCUUAAAUCUUGAUGCUUUAAAUUCUAGACAUCGCAACCCACAGCUGUAUUUCUUUUUAACAUGGAUCGGGUAGGCCUCAUCGAUCUGGUAUGUGAUAGACAUUGAACAUUUCAACGUCUUCUGGUCUUCAGGUGUACAGAAGCGAAUUGCUUAACAGUGCUCGGGUGGUGUUGACGUGAUAGGUCACCCAGUUUAAUGCAGAAGUAUCAUUUUAGAUGCAAACACAUUGUAAUAGACUUCCAAAAAAGCUGGCUCCUAUCCAGAAGGCAGGAACGUGCAAAUAGAUUUAUGUUAAACAUUUAGUUUCACGGCUCUGAAUAACCAAAGGCCUGUACCCUGUUUUAAGUGUUGUGCACUUAUAUGAUCCAAAAUGAUUUUGAAACACAAGAACCUUUUUCUGUUCUUAGGGGCUGUAUGUUGGACUUUUUCUUAUUGAUGAGAUUUAACUAUCCGUUAUAAAUAUUUUAAAUGCGCAUGCUGGACUUAUACCUGGUCUUUCACUAAUUGCGUUGUUUUAGCUAUUGCAAUUGGUAGUUAUAAUGGAACAAUGAUCAGACGACCUCUCGCGUUUGUAUUUUGAAGUGAUUGGCAUAUUUUGUUGUUAAGUGAAAUUGCUCUUGAACAUCACUUGACUAAACUCCUGUGUUGAAUAACACAACAGAGAAAUUGACUGUUUGAUGUGAUAAUUUGUAUGUGUUUUCAUACUUACUAUUAACUGGAUUACCCUUGAUUCUUCACCCGUUUCAAUCAGUCCUUCAUAUAUGCAGUUGCAUAGAAUAGAAGUGAAUUUACGGAGAGCAGGUUGUGCUAACCAUUGUGGUUGUGGUAACCAUUACGGGGAAAAGAUUUGGGUUUUCCUUAGGGUCUGAGUUUGUGUAUCUGUAAAAUGUAUCAUUGACAACAAGCUGAUGAGUGUUUUAGCUUUAGUUAGUUUGUUUUAGUUAAGUAGUUUGCAAUACAGUACUAAGUAUGGACCCUCCACUAUUAAAAGUCCCUGUUCAGUCUCUUUCUUUUUGCAGUUAUAGUGUUUCUGAAGCCACAAGUUGAAGAUGUAUCUUUGGUUUUUUUUCUAAAUUUCUAAGCAGGAGGAUAAUAAAAUUGACUUUUGAUGUAAAGUAAGUCAUCUCUAAACUCAAGAGCUUGUGGUCUGACAACGGCAUGUCCGUUCUGGCACCGCAAGUUCACUCCUGACUGGCAGCCCACAAAGAGGACACACUGCUAAUUGAUUAAAAUAUAAACCACUGUGCUCCUUAUGUAAGCAGCAUUGCUCUCCAAAAGACCAAUUCCAAAUCCUCCUGUUGUGGGAGGUAACUUAAAUCUCAACUGAAUGGAAUAGGCUUAAUAUCACAGUACUUGUUUUCAUUGGCUCUUUGUGUAUGACUGGUCUUUUAAGAAUAGGUCCGGGGUUCGGUUUUACACCAGAGAAGAGCAGGCCCCUCUCCCUUCCUCUCCGUGGUCUGUCCUUCUCUGCGGGCUGUAGGGGAUAUUGCCUGUGGGAGAAUGGCUAACGAGAAACACGUUGUUGAUGGGGCACGACCGCUCACCCGUGUGGAUCGGGGAGGAAGCGGACCGCCGCGGCUCUGUUGCGCCAGUCCCCGCCCCCCCUCUUCCGGUCGCAGGUAAUGAGGUGCCGGAGAAGCCCCGGCUGCAGGUGGACCCCAGACGAGUGUGGGGUGAGGCAGCGGGCCGCGGAAAGGCUGUGUUCCCGUGCGGCGAGUAGGGAGGCCAGGGGAGGAGUGCUGCGUUUGCCUCAUCGCUGUUCUUUUAAAAGACACUUCAUUUGUCUUCGGCACCUCAAGCCCAUUGGCUCAUCUCUGCUGGAUGAAGUGAAAGUAUGCAAGCUGGCCCUCAUUUAAGAUUAAUACCCCAACUGGAUCUUUAAUUCAAUUUCGUCUAUGGUUCAUUUCUCAAAACCUGCGACUGAGAAUUUGUAAUGGUUGCUGUCGAUGAUUAAGGAAGGAAUAAUUUACCCGUGGCUGGUUUUCUCAUUGCGCCCGCGAAUUGCGUAACCCAGACAGUAGGAGCUACUAGAGUCUUCACCUUCAGUUAGGCAGUGACAUGUGAGUGAAGCUGUCUGUUCUGGCCACACCCCCGUCUGUCCUUCCCUCUGAGUACCAGCCUUCUCUGAAGUGGAAGUUAAAUCCAAAUCCUGUACCCUCGGGCCUGAAGCAGUUUUGAAAGUUCAUUAAGCAAAUAGCUCACCUUUGGAUCCAUAAAGGUGGCCAUCUCAAUAUCCUAUUAAACAAUUUGGCUGGAAGGUGUCCAGGGUCAAAAGAAAUCUAUGCUCUUCAAUAUUGGCUGCAUAAUACCAUAUCUCAAUCUGGCAUCCCUAGAGACUGAAAAAGUGCAGGAGUGCAAAGUUAGAACCCUUUGGCUCACCUUCAGGAUAAUAUCUUUCCAUUUUUAAAACUCCCUGUGCGGUUCACUUUCUUUUUAGUUCAGCGUACUUUAUUGUAGCUUCAGCAUGCGACGUAUAUUUACACAGAACCCUGAGAAAUUAAACAAGUGCUGGGAAAAGAAGUAAUUUUGCCAAGAAAAUAAAAAAUCAUAAUAAAUGAAUGACAGAUUCUUGAAGACAGAGGCACGAACACUGAAUGGCACCCCAUUGUACGAUAUAGACAUUCUUUUUAUGUUUUACACUUUGCUGCUUUGUGCAUAAGCAAUUCAUAACACAUUGCAGACACUGAAACAUUCAUAAACGUUUAUGCCAGCAGACAUAGGCUGUCAUUGUGUAUGCUUGUGCACAUCAGCUUGAAUAUCAUAAGUGACACCAUGACAUUUUUAUUUGGCAUGUAAUAGUACUACAAAUUAAAAUAUUGGUGGCGGUGGAGUUCACUGGUUUUAUAUGUUAUGGCUUUAAAUAUGCUAUGUAGUGAUUAUGAAGACUUUAUGUAGGCCUUGCUGUCUAUCUGUUCAUAGAAUUUGGCUCAGGCCCAAUCGCCCUCUGUUGAUGUGCUGGUUCUGUUCAACUGACGCCUACAGUGCUGUACCUGUGUCUAUGCUGAUUAUCGGAGUGCCUCACUGAAGGCCCCUGAUGGUCGUUUGUCUGUUUUUAAACCCUUGGCUGACUGUCUUGGCUGACUGGGGCUGUGUUCAUCAGUACACCAUGCACUUGCAUUGAUUUCCAUUGUGGGAGAACCAAGUGGAGUGUUAGUACUGUCCCUGUGGAAAUGCCCCAAAACUGAAAUUGGGGUUGUCCAUGUGAACUGGCUGAUAGAGUCCAGGAUACUUCUUGUGAUCUAUGUGAGCUAAUGAAAGACAGGGGCCAGUUUUGCAUUGCACAACAUGAACCCAUAAACCUG